CUGGAGAUUGGAGGGGUGCUAGAAAGAGGGCUCCGUUCGAUAACAUGUUUCUCAGACUGUGUGGGUCUGGUGGGCGACACAGGGACGCGCCGUCCACAUGCGGUAACAAAGUAAACAAGGAGAGAAACACAUUCGUCUGUUCGCCGCGGUCAGAUCACCCAAACUGCAAACCACCCAAUAAGUACCUGCGACCCGUCAGGACACGAGCGCAUGUGAUGCGAACUUGUAAAACGAACUCCGCGCAUCCUCAGACACCCCCGAUACGCGCGUAAUCAUCAUCCACUCAUUGGCAUCAUCGUCCUCUUUCUUCAGGAUUCAGGGGGCCCACGAAGUUAGGAUGCUAGGCUGGGUUCUUAGACGAGGGUUGGAGGGCGCGUCUGGUGGAAACAGAGGAAACCCAGACGACACGACGCAGAUUGAGCAACCAGACACGCCAGCGCCCGUUUUCGCUGCGCGCGCGCUGAAAAGCGCAAUCUUUGGGACACCCGCGCGACCUGACGACGACAACACCGCAAGCAUGGCGCAUCGUAGAGACGCAGACGACUCCGACGCGGAUUCGCGAACGCCAUUGAAACCCCAGGGUAUCCUCCUGACUCCCGGAACCGGGACUUCGCGGCGAAAGCGCGUUUCGUUCGGGCAUGACGUGUUGGACAAUAAGAUAGUCGACAACAAGAAGGGCAAGGGGAAGGAUACCGAAGAACGGCCCGGAAAGUUCCCCGACAGCUUUGCCGACUCGACCAGCGACUCUGCAAGCAAGCGCACCAAGUUGACGGAGGCAUUGGAGAACUCUCGGCGGAACAAGGGAACCGCGAGCUCACGAGAGAGGAGCCAGACGCGCUCCGGCACAGCGAGAGGAGACGAUGCGGAGGACGAGUGGGAAGAGGCCGAUGACGACCAGUGCACCCAAGACAUCACGAUUGACCUUAAUGAGCCUCAUUCGCGGUCGGGCAAAUAUUGGAAGUCGGAAUUCGAGCAGUAUCACCAAGACGCUAAAGUCGAGAUGGAGAAAUUGCUCAAGUACAAGCAACUGGCAAAAUCCUAUGCCAAGAUGAAGGACGCCGAGGCCAUCGACCUGAACGCAAAACUUAAGGAGGAGCAAGAGAAGGCAUCACAAAUGGAAAAGAAGAUAUCUGAGAUGGCUGCACAGAUUGCUUCGAAGCGCGUCAGCGGCGAGGAAAGGGACAACCCACAGUUGAUGAAGGACUUGGCCAAACAGACCGCUGUCGCCGUCGAAUACAGGACACAGGUGAAGGAGCUGGCAGCCUUGCUGGAGAAUCGCGAGGGAGACGAUGACGAUGGUGAUGCCCGAAGCAGACGCCGAAGGCAGACCGCCUCUCCACGGACGCACAAAACUUUGCUUGAAACGCAGCGCGAGUUGAGAAAAGCUCGAGCGCAAGUGAGGGAGAACGGCCAAUUGCGAGAAGAAGUCGAGCGCUUGAAGUCCGACCUCCUCUUUGCCGAGCAACGAGCAAACAAACUCGCCGAGGAAAACAAGCGACUCGCCGAGCAACAGCCGUUACAGAACAAGGAGACGGCCCCAUCGAAUAAACACGUGGACGAGGUACAGGAAACGUGUCGACUAAAGGACGAAGAGUUGCGCAAGCUCAAGUCAGACUUCGAGUCUUAUCGGGCUGACGCCGAAGCCACGCAAGAAGAUACCCGGCGCAUCCUGGAAAAGGCAACUGAAAAGAUCAACGAACUGAAGAAGGAGAUCAAGACUCUCAAGGCGGGUUCGGCGGAGGCGUCUAAGACCAAGGGUGCAACCACUGCUUCAGCAGACCGUGAGCCAGUUGCAAGGGAGCAUCGGGCACAAGACAACGACCGCCUCGUUAAGACCAGCAAAGUCCAGAAGCCGUCGGUUGAUACUGGCCGGCGAAGCCUCGAGCUAGUGGAGUCACUGGGCCGGAAGCUCAAUGAGACGAAGUCACAGAAUCUUCGGGAUAAGUAUCAGCAAGACGCCGAUUCUCUCAGCUCGGAAGAAGACGAGCCUGUGGCUGCGCCCGUGCGACGUCCGCAACCCGAAAUCUUUUCAAAUCGCGUCGAACUGGACAAGCCUAAAUGGCGGCCCUUCAUCCCGAGAUCACCACGCAACAGAGAAUAUCUCGGUCCUGAUCUGAACGAACGGAUUGUAACCUCGAGCGAGGUCCCUUCGGGGACAACACCGAUGCCACGGCAUAGGUUUGCCAGCAAGGCAAACAGCCAUCCCGUCGACCUGUUGGAAGACCGGUUCGCCAGACUUGGCGGCCCUGACAUUGACGCUAGCGCCAUGAUGACGGCCAACAUGUCGAGGAGCACACUGCCUCCCGAGAGGCGAGCCGCAGCAAUUGCAAGGAUAGAACAGAGGAAGGCCGACAAGAGACGAGCUGUGUCAGGCCAGAGCAGCAACAAGGAGAAUGUGCGUCCUCGUCGCUGAUGGGUAAUUUGGGCCAAUUGCAUGGAUUGCGGGCGUUCACGUUUCUCGCCCUUUUCUUAUCUUUUCUUUGGCGUUUGGUCGUUUGGUUGUAGAAACAGGGUUCAAGUCAUUGUACGAGUAAUUCCUGGGUACAAUGGAUAGCAUGGUGUUUAGGGGGGGGUAUCAUAUCAGCUCUCAGAAUAUUCAAACGGUUCAAGAACCUCGUUCCCAACGUCGUCCCUUUUUUUGUUGUUGCCUUUACUGUAGUUUUCUUCUUCUUUCAUUUCAUUAGAUGCAUUUUGAUCGAUUUACGCGCUCAAGGUUCCCUUGGUGCUGGGCACUUCUCCCUCCUUGCCAGCAACGCGACUCGUUGCCAUCUUGACGGCCACGGCCAGGGCUUUGAAGGCGCUCUCGGCACGGUGGUGGUCGUUCUCACCCCGCAGGCAGUCGACGUGCAGGGUGACUCUGGCGCCCUGGGCGAAGCUCUGCAGGCAGUGGGGGAUCAUCUCGCAGCUCAGGUCGCCAAUCUUUUCGCGGCGGAGCCCGAGGUCGAUGACGCUGUAGGGUCGGUUGGACAGGUCGACGACGGCGCGGGAGAGAGCCUCGUCGAGCGGGGCGUAUGCGUAACCGAAGCGGGCGAGGCCGGUCGCGCUGCCGAGGGCGUUGGCGAAGGCGUAGCCGAGGGCUAUGCAGACAUCCUCAGCGGUGUGGUGGUCGUCGACUAUACGAUCAGAGUAAGCGAAGGGGCAAGAUGGUCGUCGCGUAGACCGUGAGGAAGAGAGGAAGAGACGGACUGUGAAGGUCGCCCUUGCAGGCGAGGGCCAAACUCCAGCCAGCGUGCUUGGAGAGGGCGUGGAGCAUGUGGUCGAGGAAGCCGAUGCCGGUGUUGACGCUAAUCGUCUGAGACUUGCUUGCCUGCGAGGCGUGCUCAGUGACGGCCGCAGUGAGUCUCGAGUCGGUGUCGGGUGGGAAUGCCCCGCCAUCAAGAUUGAUGGCCAACUGAAUCUUGGUCUCGUUGGUGUCGCGCGCGAGGGCGGCCCAUCUGGGAGGGUGGGAGGGGGUCGUAGACAUGGUGGUGGAUGUGUUGUGUGAGACGUUAGGUAGUCGACUGUGGAAGAGGAUGUGAGGGAGGGGAACGUAGGUAUGGAAAAUAUGUCACAAGGUAUCGCAAAUCAAGAUGGCAUUUCG